GGGUGACACCCGAAUUCUGCUGUGACACCGGUGUCCCCUGGGCGAGGACGGGGGUGACACCCGAAUUCUGCCGUGACACCGGUGUCCCCUGGGCGAGGACAGGGGUGACACCCGAAUUCCGGGGUGCCCCGGGGGCGGUGCCCCGAAACCCGCGUCCCCUCGGGCGAGGGCGGGGAGGUGACAGCAGCGCUCGGAGCCGCCCGGAGCUCGGCCCGCGGGGCUGGGCGGGCUCUGUCCCCUCCCCGCGGUGCCACUCGCGGGUCCUCCUGUCCCCGCGGCGGGGGUGGCACCGGCAGCGCCCCGGCCUCGAGUCCCACGGGCUCGGCAGCGACAGGGUCCCUGGUGCUCCAGAGCCCCCCCAGUUUGUGCCAUGAUGGACACGGGGGACAGGGGAGGACGCAGCCCCCCCCGGCUGGCACAGUCCCAGCGCCGCCGGGACCUGGAGGAGGAGCUGCGGGACCUCAGCAACCAGGUGGCAGCGUUAAAGCGGAGCCUGGCGGCGGAGCGUGGGCGGAGCCUGAUGGAGGGCGGGGCUCUGCGGGCGCUGGAGAUCGCGGUGGGCGGAGCCCAGGCCCGGGUGGGCGGAGCCUGUCGGGCCCUGGACCGGGCCAAGGAGCGGCUGCGGCUGCAGGAGGAGGCGGGGCAGCUUCUGUGGGCGGAGCUGGAGGCCGCCCGUGCUGCCAAGGUGGGGGCGGAGCUCCGGGCACAGGAGGCGGAGUCUCAGUGCCAGGCCCGGGGGGCGGAGCUGGAGCGGCUGCGCCAGGCGGUGCAGGCUGCCCAGCUCUCCCGGCGCCGGGCGGAGCAGGAGCGCGACCAGGCGGCUGCAAAGGUGGGCCACGCCCUCCAGAGCAGCGCCCCCUCUGGGGACCCCGCGGCGCUGCAGGCGGCGCUGGAGGAGCUGCGGGAGCACAACCGGGACCUGCGGGAACACCUGAGACAGAGAAUGGGACAGGUGGAGGAGCUGCGGCGGGCGCUGGUGGCCGCGGGCUCGCGGGCUCAGGACGCUCAGGCUGCGCUGGCCCGGCUGGCGCAGGAGCAGCGGCGGCUGCGGGAGCGGCUGCAGCAGCCCCGGGACCCCCCCGGGACCCCCGAGCCCGCCCUGCGCGCCCGCUGCGCCCACCUGCAGGAGCUGCUGCGGCGAGAGGGGGGGGCGCGGCUGGCCCUGGCCCGGGCUGCGCGUGCCACCGGCCGGCGCCUGCGGGUGUUGGUGGCCGAGGCGGAGGAGCAGCGGCUGCUGGCGGAGCGCUACCGGCUGCAGGCCCGUGCCACCGAGGCCGCUGGCCGGCUCCUGGCUGAGCAGGUGGCCGCAGUGGCCGCGGGCACGGCCCAAGCGCUGGCCCAGGGCCACCACCUGCGCCGGGAGCUCGAGGACGUCGGGGACGGGGCCGCGGCCACCGCCAGGGACGUGGCCGUGCUCAGGGCGCGCCUCAGGUGUGACCCCAUGAACCUGUCCCGCACCGUCCGGCGGAUGCUGCGGGACGGGGACGACUCCGAGGACAGCGGGGACAGCGGGGACAGCGGGACCCCCCCCGGAGCCCCCCUGGAACCCACCCCCAGCACCGGGGGCACCCCCUGA